GCACGAAACGCUGUGCUACAAUGGCGGCUUCCGUUAUAAGCGCUUACUUUCUAUCCACGAAGGAUCCUUCUUAAUAAAAUGUAAAGAACUGUCGAAAUAAUAACGCUUCGACAGAUUUCCGUUUUCUUAAAAUGACAAUAUAGGAUAAAAGCAUAUAAAUAGUUUUUAAAAGAGAUUCUUGGAAGAAUUUAUAUCUGUUUUAAGAGCAAUCAUUAUAACGUUAUUCAAAAAUGUCGAAACGGCCAGCAGAUGGUGGAGAUUCAGGCUCACAGCCACCCAUUAAGAAGGUUCAAUUUGAACCUAUUCUUAUUGGGCCAAUUUCGACUCUUGAGGAAAUGGAUAUGAAGGUUCUUCAGUUUCAAAAUAAAAAAUUGGCACAGAGGUUAGAGCAACGGCAUCGAAUGGAAGCUGAAUUAAGACAACGUAUAGAACAAUUAGAAAAACGACAAAUGCAAGAUGAUGCAGUACUUAAUGUUGUCAAUCGUUAUUGGAAUCAACUUAAUGAAGAUAUACGUGUAUUACUUCAAAGAUUUGACGCAGAGACUGCCGAUGAAUCAGAAAAUAAAAAUGAAAGUGAAGCCACUACUUCUUUUCUUAUGCAAUUAUCUUCCUGGGACAAGGAAGAAUUAGAUGACAAAUUAGCAAAUCGUGUUCAAGUAUCUAAACGUGCUGUUUCCAAAGUUGUACAGGCAUUUGAUCGUUUAUCUCAAAGAAAUGAAAAGAUUACACUUGCACUUAAAGGCGAGUUUGAUGGAGAGGAAGCACCAAAUAUUGAUGAAGUUGUACGCAGAGCUAAUGCUGAAAUACAAAUGGAAAAUAGGAAUCUACAAGCUAUUAAUAUACAACUUCAUGAAAAAUAUCAUACAAUUUCACUUAAAAUGUCAGAAUUGCAAGACACUAUAACAGGUAAAGAUACUUUAGCAGCAGAAUUGAGAAAUCAAGUUGAUGAUCUGCAAUACGAAUUAAAUAAAGUACGUGCGAGAAACGAUAAACUUGAGCAUCAUCUUGGAGAGGCUAUUGAAAAAUUGAAGGCAUUUCAGCAAAUUCAUGGGACAGAUGAAAAAGGUAGCAAUAAGCCGAACACUCUUGUUGCUUCCAGUGUUUCACAAACAAAACUUGAAGAUUUACAAAGGGAACUCGAAGAAACGCGUGAAUUAGCAAACAAUAGGUUACAAGAAUUAGAUAAAUUGCAUCAACAACAUCGUGAUGCUUUGAAAGAAGUAGAAAAAUUGAAGAUGGAUAUACGACAACUGCCAGAAUCAGUAAUUGUAGAAACCACAGAAUAUAAAUGUUUACAGUCACAAUUUUCUGUAUUAUACAAUGAAUCCAUGCAAUUAAAAACUCAAUUGGAUGAUGCUCGUCAACAAUUACAAUCUAGUAAAAAUGCUCAUCUACGACAUAUCGAAAUGAUGGAGAGCGAAGAAUUAAUGGCUCAAAAGAAAUUACGUGGAGAAUGUAUUCAAUUAGAGGAUGUUUUAGCUCAAUUAAGAAAAGAAUAUGAAAUGCUUCGCAUUGAAUUUGAACAAAAUUUAGCAGCAAAUGAACAAACGGGUCCUAUUAAUAGAGAAAUGAGACAUUUAAUAACUUCACUUCAAAAUCAUAAUCAACAAUUAAAAGGUGAAGUACAUCGUUAUAAACGCAAAUACAAAGAAGCUUCUACCGAAAUAUCAAGGUUUAAAAAAGAAGUCGAAGAAUUAACGACGAAGCUUGGCCAACAAACUUUACAAGAAAAUAAAGAAGGUAGUAAUUCGGAUGGCAGUGGAAAAGAGGAAGACGCAUCUAAUUCGCUUCCUGCUUCGACACAGAUAAAAGAAGAAAGUGGAGUGACUAUAAAACGAGAAUCUGGCGUCGAUGAGGAAGUUGAAACUAUUGAAGUAGGAGAAGGAGAUGGCAGUAAAGGUACGCCAGAUUCUGUUACAUUGACAUCACCUACAUUGAAAAAAGAGAAAGAUAUUAAACGGGAAAAAGAUAUAAAAAAGGAAUCUAUUAAAACUGAACAUCGCGAUCCUGUACAUCGUACCAAAGAUACAAAAGUUGCCGAAUCUGAACUCGUCAGAGAUUUGAAAGCACAACUUAAAAAAGCCGUUAAUGAAAUGAAGGAAAUGAAACUUUUGUUAGAUAUGUAUAAAGGAGUCGGAAAAGAGCAACGAGAUAAAGUUCAAUUAAUGGCUGCUGAACGUAAAACACGAGCAGAAUUAGAAGAAUUGCGACAGCAGAUUAAAAAAAUUCAGGAAAGUAAACGUGAAGAACGAAAGAAGUUGGCAGAUGAAGAUGCGCAAAUAAAAAUAAAGAAAUUGGAAGAGCAGGCAUAUACCUUACAAAGACAAGUUGCUUCUCAGAAACAGAAUUGUGUCUGGAUGCAGGAGGAAGAAGCUCUUUUAAACGAAAUGGAAGUAACAGGUCAAGCUUUUGAAGAUAUGCAAGAACAAAAUUCAAGGUUAAUACAACAGUUACGUGAAAAAGAUGAUGCUAAUUUUAAACUUAUGACAGAAAGAAUAAAAAGCAAUCAAUUGCACAAAUUAGCAAGGGAAGAAAAAGAUGUAUUAAAGGAACAAGUAUCUACUUUAACUACACAAGUAGAAGCAGCUAAUGUAGUUGUUCGUAAGUUAGAAGAAAAAGAACGAUUAUUACAAAACUCUCUUGCCACUGUUGAAAAGGAAUUAGCAUUAAGACAACAAGCUAUGGAAAUGCAUAAACGAAAGGCUAUUGAAAGUGCACAGUCUGCGGCAGAUCUUAAACUUCAUCUUGAAAAAUAUCAUUCUCAGAUGAAGGAAGCGCAGCAGGUUGUUGCUGAAAAGACGAGUUCUUUGGAAGCAGAGGCAUAUAAAACAAAAAGAUUACAAGAGGAAAUAGCUCAAUUACGACGUAAAGUAGAAAGAAUGAAAAAGAUAGAAUUGGCAGAAACAUUAGACGAAGUAAUGGCAGAAGAGUUACGGGAAUAUAAAGAAACCCUUACUUGUCCUUCGUGUAAAGUGAAACGCAAAGAUGCUGUAUUAACUAAAUGCUUUCAUGUGUUCUGCUGGGAUUGCUUGCGUACGCGAUAUGAAACGCGACAACGGAAAUGCCCAAAGUGUAAUUGUGCUUUUGGAGCUAACGAUUAUCAUCGAUUAUAUCUUUCCACAUGAAGAAAAAAGUUGUAAAUCUCUCGAAAUAUUAUUUUGUUCUGUAACUUAUUCAUAUUUACAGAUAUAUAUAUGUAUAUAUAUAUGUAUAUAUAUAUAUAUAUAUAUAUAUAUAUAUAUAUAUGUAUGUAUAUGUAUAUGUAUAUAUAUAUACACGCAUUUUUUUAUAUUUUUAUUUAUUAUACUAUAAAUGUGGGACACAGUGCAGAAAUGCGGAUUGCAUUUUUCUUAUUGCAUACAUCUAUACCGAUGGUGAUAAGUCACGUAAACAAGUAUCAUUUUUUUCUUUUUGUCAAACGUGAUAUAUCAUGAAAAAUUGCAUUUCUCCCCUAUCAGCAAUUAUUUAACUACGCAUAAUCUUACCUUAUCUACGAGGAAAAAAGAAAUAAUAAAAAGGAAAAAUCACAGUUUUUCAUCCAUUUUGAUCUCAAAUUAAGGUAAGGAGUAGUGGUUGAUGGAGAGAUAUAUUUUAAAAUUACUUUUUGAGGGCACAAAACAAUUUAAUAUAUGUAUAUGCAUUAAAAAAAAUAUAUAUAUAUGCAAUAUAUAUAUAUGCAUUGAAAAACAUAUAUAUAUAUAUGCAUAAUAUAUAUAUAUAUAUGCAUUAAAAAGUGAAGCACGUUUGGAACAUUAAAAACAUUGUUCUGAAAAUCUGAAGAUUAUAUAUUGUCUUGUUUUAUUUCGAUAUUUGGUAUAUAUACAUUUAUUGAUAUAAUGAUUAAUUAGAUUACUAUAAUUUAUGUAAAUCAAAUUUUAAGAUAAAGCAGCACAGACAGACAUUCUCCGACAAUUUAAUAAGAUAUGUAAUAUAAUAUAAAUAUUAAAUAAUAUUUACAAAAUUUAACUUAUCUAACAAAAACUGCUGUGUAACUACUUCACAAAAGAAAGUGAAUUAUAAAUCUUGUUGUUAUAAAAUUGAACUUGAAACAUUGAAACAUUGAAUUAUAACGGUAUCAUCAUGUAUGAAAUAUUUUUGCUUAGAUAAAAAUUCCUUUUUUUUUUUUAGAUAUUUUAAAAAUUUACAUGCGUUGUAUUAGAUGCAACAAGUUAUAGAUAAUUGUAUAAUUAAUUUAUUGUAUAAAUGUGACGAAGCGCGUAAAAAUGUGAAAUGAAAAAUAUCAUUUAAUAUGACAAAUUAAUCACUUUGGAUAUCUUUAUUUCACAUCAAAGAAUAUUAGAUUAUUUUUUUUUAGUAAUGCCAAUGUAUUUUUUUAUUUUCGUUGAUAAAACUCUAGGUUAUUGAUGUAGUAUCUCUUAACUCGAUGAAAAUGCUUCAAUGAAAAAUAUUUAUUUGGUAUUUAAAUAAGAAAUCUUAUCUCUUCGGCUAGAAAUUAGAUAAAUAUUGAUGUUAAUGUUUGAUAAUCAUUUUUAAUACUUUAUAUAGAACAAGAUUAUGAAACUUAUUUGUAAUAAAAAAAUUAAUUAGCAAGCACACAAUUUUCAUAGAUACUUUUAACUCUAUAUAAAAAAAAAUUUUUAUAAUUUAAGAAUAUAUGAUAGUAUGACAUUUUUCAAAAUACAUAUAUAUAUAUAUUUAUAUAGAUAUAUAAAUGUAUAGAUGUACAUGGGGAUUUCCUGUUGCUAUGUGAGUUUUCUACACAAAAAGUAUAAACUUGCUGAAAUAUAAAGAUUUUAUUCAAUGCCUAUGAAA